AGGAGUUUUCAUUCUGCUCUAGGAGGAUGCAGAACCCCUGACCUCUGUCUGGACAGUACUGAUUGGCCCUGUGCUGAUCACAUGCACUCUCUCAAGAAAAAAAACCUCUCUCUAGCAAUACACACUAAACUGAGCAUGUGCAGAAUGGCUACGGUUCAGUCUGUCCUAUCAGGAGAAGGGGAGGAGCAGAGAAGACAGGAUCAAACAGCCUUCUUACACAAUGCAGAGGAUUAAUCCCUUAGGUUCCACAGUGGGUAUAACAAGCAUACUUUACUGCACAUACAGACUGAUCUUACUGUUGCGGGUUUAGUAACACUUU